AUGCAGGACGCCUGGACUGCUCGCAAAGCUGAGGAGAUCCAAGGCUACGCGGACCGCAACGAAUGGAAGAACUUCUUCUCCGCGAUCAAAGCUGUCUACGGUCCGCCGACGAAGGGCACUGCUCCUCUCCUCAGCGCCGACGGCAGCACUCUCCUGACUAAGAAGACACAAACCCAGCAGCGAUGGGCCGAGCAUUUCGGAGGCGUCGUCAAUCGCCCUUCCGCCAUCUCCGACGCCGCCAUCGAGCGUUUGCCGCAAGUUGAGACCAACGCGGACCUCGACCUCCCGCCAUCUCUCCAGGAAACCAUCAGGGCCGUGCAGCAGCUCUCUAGCGGGAAAGCACCCGGAUCGGACGCGAUCCCUGCUGAGGUCUACAAGCAUGGAGGUCUCCAACUGAUGGAUCACCUGACUGCGCUCUUCCAGGAGAUAUGGCGUCAAGGCAAAGUCCCGCAAGAUUUCAAAGACGCAACCAUCGUGCUUCUCUACAAGAGCAAAGGGAAUCGCCAAGUCUGUGACAAUCACCGUGGCAUCUCCUUGCUGAACAAUCGCCGGGAAGAUCUUCGCUCGAAUCCUCCUCAACCGUCUCAAUAG